GAACGCACAUGGUCCACAUCUGUAGCAAAUAUUUUCCGCAAUUUUACUGAAAAAUAGGAAAAGUUUAAGCAUAAAAAGCGUCAAAAACUGAGGAAAAAUGUUCGUUUUAUACGAAACACCUGCCGGAUAUGCAAUUUUCAAGUUGCUGGACGAGAAAAAAAUCAAGCCAUCUUCCGUGGACAAUCUUUUCUUGGAGUUUGAGACACCGGAAGCCGCUAAUAAAAUCGUCAAAUUGAAGCAUUUUGAGAAAUUCAGUGACACAACGGAAGCUUUGGCAGCUGCAUGUGCCGCUGUCGAGGGCAAAGUCUCAAAACCACUGAAAAAAACGCUCAAAAAACUCGUGCAAGAAGAUGUCCAAAGUCAGUUGUGUGUCGCUGAUGCGAAACUUGGCAAUGCCAUCAAGGACAAACUUGCGCUGCAAUGCGUCUCGAAUACCGCCGUCAUGGAAUUGAUGCGGUGCAUUCGUACGCAGUCGGAAAGUUUACUCGCGGGACUACCAAAGAAAGAAAUGACCGCAAUGGCACUCGGUUUGGCGCAUUCUCUGUCGCGGUACAAGUUGAAGUUCUCUCCUGACAAGAUUGAUACGAUGAUCGUGCAAGCCCAGUGUCUUUUGGAUGACUUGGAUAAGGAGUUGAACAAUUAUAUCAUGAGGGCACGUGAAUGGUACGGCUGGCAUUUUCCAGAGUUGGGAAAAAUUAUCACCGAUAACAUUGCCUUCGUGAAAACCAUAAAAACCGUGGGAACACGUGAUAAUAUGGUGAGUGCCGAUUUGUCGGAGAUCUUGCCCGAAGAUUUGGAGGAACGCGUCAAGGAAGCUGCCGAAAUUUCGAUGGGAACAGAAAUUUCUGAUGAAGAUAUUACCAAUAUUAAGCAUUUGUGCGACGAAAUCUUGUCAAUCAAUGAGUACAGAAUCCACUUGUCGGAUUAUUUGAAGACGAGAAUGGUCGCGAUGGCACCAAAUUUGACAAUUUUGGUCGGAGAAACGGUGGGAGCGAGAUUAAUUGCUCAUGCCGGUUCGUUGGUCAACUUGGCAAAACAUCCCGCUUCAACUUUGCAAAUUUUGGGUGCUGAAAAGGCUCUUUUCCGUGCAUUGAAGACCAAAAAGGACACUCCCAAAUACGGUCUCAUCUACCACGCUGGCUUAGUUGGACAAGCAAGUACCAAGAACAAGGGAAAAAUCUCCAGAUCGUUAGCUGCAAAGGCCUCAUUAGCCACAAGAGUUGACGCAUUUGGCGAAGAUGCCACCUUCGAAUUGGGCACCGAGCAUCGUGCUCGUCUCGAAACUCGUCUUCGCAUGUUGGAAGAAGGUAACUUGAAGAAAAUCUCCGGCACCGGCAAAGCCAAGGCCAAGUUCGAAAAAUACCACGGCAAGAGCGAAGUGAAGCAAUAUCCAGUGGCAGCCGAUAACACGUUGCCUGUUGGCAAGAAACGCAAACGUGACGACGACGAAGAAGCGGAAGAAAAACCCGAAGUCAAACAAGAAAGCGAGGAGAGCGACGAACAGCCCAAAAAGAAGAAAAAGAACAAGAAAAACAAGGGCGGCGACGAAAGUGUCUUGGACGAAUCGGUGACAGUGAAGCAGGAAGAGGAAACCGAACCAACUUCCUCGAAGAAAAAGAAAAAGAAGAACCGCGAUUCCGAAGCGGCGGAAACCAGUACAGUACAAGACACAACGAUGGAAGUCGACGACACAGUGCCAAAAUCCGAGAAAAAGAAGAAGAAAAAGAAAAAUAAGGAAAAGGAGGAAAGUGAUGACUAAAAAAAAAAAUACCAACUUUGACCACCUUGUUUUAAUUUUCUUCCUAAGUUUCGUAGCAAUAUAAGUUGUUUUUAAGGACAAAAACUUGUAUUUUUUAAAUUUUACAAGACAAAAACACACACAGAUUACUUUAACAAUAAUAAAAAUUUUAUUUUGUUUAAUAUUACAA